AGGGUGGCAAAAAUGGCGGACUUUGGAUUAGCGCGGGAUAUUAUACAGAACGACUCCUAUAAGAAAUGUGGACGCUCCAUGCUGCCGGUCAGAUGGCUACCCCCGGAGUCCUACCUCGAGGGACUGUUCACGACAAAGUCAGACGUGUGGGCGUAUGGUAUACUGUUAUGGGAAAUAUUUUCCUUUGGACAUGACCCUUAUCCUGGGAUGAAGUGUGAAGAGAUGAUGGCGAAGGUCAAUGUUGGUAACAGGAUGGAAGCUCCUCCACGAUGUCCUAAGGCAAUGUACGUGUGUCAUUUGUAA